UGCAAGCACCAGCGCUCAGCUCUUCCUCCUCGUUUGGACUCAUUGCUUUCUCCUACCCUUAACCCCAGAUGCCAAGGAAACUAACAAUCCGAAGCCACUCUCCUUCAGCUUCGACUUCACCAACGCUUCCAGCUACGACCCAGGCGACCUCAAAUUCGAGGGCAACGCCUCGGCGCACGGCGACCGGAUCGACCUCGCCUGCGUCUCCUUUGGGCAGAGCGCCGAGGGUUGCACGGGGCGGAUGUCGUACAACCACCCGGUGCCGUUCCACGACAACGGCGGCGCAACGACGACGACCGCCCUGCCGCAGGUGGCGAGCUUCAGCACGAGCUUCACCUUCGUGAUCAAGCUCGACGGCGAGCCAGCGCCCGGGGACGGCCUGGCCUUCUUCCUCUGCGGUUACCCGUCGAGGAUGCCGGCCAACACCGACGGCGGAAGCCUCGGCCUCAUGGACGACGACGCCACGGCCUACGGCUCCGGCCAGUUCGUCGCCGUCGAGUUCGACACGUACAAGAACGACGACUGGGGGGAUCCCAGCGACGACCACAUCGGCGUCGACGUCAACACUGUCCGAUCGUCCAACACAACGGAGUUGAACACCACGCCGUCGUCAGGAUUGCCGCCGAUGCCAAUAAGCCUCAAAGCAAAUGCAACCAUGACAGCGACGAUCCUAUUCGACGGCGCCACGGGGAUGCUGGCGGCCUCCCUUGGGUUCCAUGAUCACCCCUUUAAUAAGGAACCCGCUGUGGUCACCUAUGUGUUGCAAGAUCCAAAGUCGUUGCUUCCGCAGGAGGUGGCAGUGGGGUUUUCAGCGGGCACCGGCACUUCCACUCAGCUCCAUCAGAUACUCGCGUGGUCCUUCGACUCCACUCUUGCUGCUCCGAUGACUCCUCCUAAAGGAUGGCAAAAUGUUAACUAUGCCGGACACAAGAGCAUGGUUGUGGCCAUCGCCGUGGUUGUUCCUAUACUUGCAUUGUUUAUCUGCGGCAUUGUUUCCUUCAAAAUCAUCAAGAAGAACAGAAAAGGUGAGGUGAAUGUGAAGGAAGAAGAUGAAGCACUAGUCUGGGUGGCAGGAAGAAGUUCUGAAUUCAUGGUUUAUAACUUUUUGCAAGUAUUGGAGGCCACAAAUAACUUCUCAGAGGAAAAUAAACUUGGGCAAGGAGGAUUUGGUCCAGUAUAUAAGGGCCGAUUUCGUGAUGGAUCAGAGAUAGCCGCUAAAAGAUUAGCUUCACAUUCAGGGCAAGGGUUCAGAGAGUUCAAAAAUGAAAUCGAGCUCAUAGCCAAGCUGCAGCACACAAAUCUGGUUAGGCUCUUGGGAUGUUGCUGUCAGGGAGAUGAGAGAUUACUAAUCUAUGAGUAUAUGCCACAUAAGAGCUUGGACUUCUAUAUUUUUGAUGAAAUACAAAGAGUUUUACUAGAUUGGAAUAAACGGUUAGCCAUAAUAGAAGGGAUAGCGCAAGGAAUUCUGUAUCUGCAUAAGCAUUCUCGGUUACGUGUCAUCCAUAGAGAUCUUAAAGCAAGCAACAUACUCCUGGACCAUGAAAUGAAUCCUAAAAUUUCUGAUUUUGGGCUUGCAAAAAUAUUUAGCUUAAAUGGUACCGAAGGAAACACAAAUAGGAUCGUUGGGACAUAUGGUUAUAUGGCUCCUGAGUAUGCUUCUGAAGGCCUCUUUUCAAUCAAAUCUGAUGUAUUUAGCUUUGGCGUGUUGACUCUUGAAAUCAUCAGUGGAAAAAGAACUUCAAAUGUCCAUCAAUAUGGGGACUUCAUCAACCUUCUUGGAUAUGCAUGGCAGUUGUGGGUAGACGGAUUGGGGCUCCAAUUGGUAGACACUUCAUUAGGAGCUCAGCGCCAUGCAUUAAUGAUGAUGAGAUGUAUUAAUAUUGCGUUGCUUUGUGUGCAAGAGAAUGCGGUCGAUAGACCCACCAUGUCAGAAGUGGCCGCAAUGCUAUGCAGUGAUAGUAUAACCCUGCCUGAACCUAAGCACCCAGCGUAUUUCCAUGUAAGAGUGGGAGCUGAAGAAGAAGCAUCUGCUGAGACAUCUGGUGUUAAUGAUGUUACAAUAUCUGCCAUAGAUGGAAGGUAGUUUCCGGUUUCAUUUCCCGAUCAUGUUGACACGACUUUUAGUAUCUUCUCCAUUCAAGACU